AUGGGGUACGCAGCCCCUUGGAGUUACACGUGGGCACCCUUUGGCGGUCCUCUCCGGAUGGGACGUCCCCCUCCAGCUGCCCUAGUGCCUUCCGUCUGGCCUCGGAGCGUCUCCAGCUUUGAUCCCCCAGUGGGAAGCCAAUGCCUGGCCACCAUGGCCUCCAGUGUAUUUCCUUACCCCACGGGACCCCCACCCCCGUACUCCUCAGUCCCUCCAGCUCUGAGCAGGGACUCCUGUGGCCACUAUACCCAGGUGGGAUGGCUGACUCCUACCAGCUCAGGCUUCCCGGCUGCAGUCCCGACUGCGGCGGGGGGACCGUCCAGAGAAGCUUCUCACUUGAAGAGAUGCCAAGCCCCUCCAUCAGAAUGGGCCCACUCCACGGUCAGCCUCUGGGCACCUGCACUGUCCCCUGGCCCAGAACUGUGCCCUCUGCCCCCUUCCCCCAGCGCAGACCCUCAGCCUGAUCCCGGCUGUCCUCGCUCCCCUCGGCCACCCUGCAGAGCCUGCCACCAUCUCUUCCAGUGCUAA